AUGUCCUCUGUCACCUUUGCCGCCUCGCCCCCGCCACGCACCCCCACCCGCUCAGCCUUCCCCAAGCCCCGCCUGCCUCCCACCCCAGUGCCCCCCGCGCAGCUCACGCCGACCUCAAUGUCGGACACACCAAUAUCAUUUGACCAGGGCCAAGUCCCCUGCAGGCGUGCUGGAGAAGAAAGUGUCGAGGGCGCGAGUGCCGGGCGAGCACCGGCCGAUAUCUAUGAUCCGGAGCGACAGCCACUCAUCCAGCCGCGUGAGCUGGGAAGAAGGCGGGUCGCGUACCCGGUGCUUGUUGGGAUUCUGGUCGUGGUGGCCACAGGAUUUAUCACAGGCCCGCCACCAGAUCUCCCGCCGCUACACAGCACCACCUCGACCUCUGCGCCACUCCCGCUCCCAACACCUCUUCCCACGUUCACCCCACCCUCAGAGGGUGCUGAAGGCAGGCCUCUGUACGUCCCUGGUACUCAGGCAGAGCGGCAGGCCAAGGCCGGUAGAAUGAGCAGGCCUCUGCGCAGGGGUACGCACGAGAGUUGGUGGUCAGCCGAACAAGGCUGGUUCAAUGCUGUUGCCAAGACCAUCCCGACCUUUCGAGUGUUGGACGAAGAAGGCCACAUUGUCAAGAAUGGUGCCGAGUCCCAGAUCACCAAAGAAGAAGCUCUCUCCAUGUACCGCACCAUGACUCUCAUUCCUAUCGUAGACAAUGUGCUCUAUCAGUCGCAAAGGCAGGGGCGGAUCUCGUUCUACAUGCAGUGUGCUGGGGAGGAGGCGGCCAUCGUAGGUAGCGCCGCUGCACUGCGGGCUGGGGAUGAGAUCUUUGGGCAAUACAGAGAGUCGGCAGCACUCUUGCACCGAGGCUUUACCCUCAACUCGCUCAUGGCACAAUGUUUCGGCAACGUCGAAGACAAGGGUACGAAAGGCAGGAUGAUGCCUGUUCAUUACUCUGCCCCUGAGCUAGGAUUCCAUACCAUCACCAGUCCUCUCGCCACCCAGAUGCCACAAGCAGCCGGCGCAGCAUAUAUGCUCAAGUCGGACGACGAGCGACAGGGUGAUUGUGCUAUAUGCUACUUUGGCGAUGGCGCUGCAAGUGAGGGCGACUUUCACGCUGCUCUGGGAAUGAACAGCGUCCUCGGCGGACCUUGUAUUUGGUUCUGCCGAAACAACGGCUUUGCGAUAUCCACCCCCAUAGUGGACCAGUAUGCAGGUGACGGUAUAGCCUCCCGCGGCCCUGCUUACGGACUCGACACCAUCCGCGUUGAUGGCAACGAUGCCCUCGCCGUCCUCACCGCCGUCAAAGAAGCUCGCAAACGCGCCGUUGAAGGUAAAAAGGGUGUUCUGGUAGAGGCAAUGACGUACAGAGUCGGACACCAUAGCACGAGCGAUGAUUCGAGCAUGUAUAGGGAAAAGGAUGAGGUCCGGGAGUGGAACGAUCAAGACAACCCGAUCCAUCGAAUGCGGGCCUACCUCGUCUCACAGAACUGGUGGACUGAAGCAGAAGAGGCUGCUCUCCUCAAAGCCCACAAGACUGAUGUGCUGAAAUCGUUCAGCCGAGCAGAAAAGCUGCCAAAGCCAAAGCUGAGUGAAAUGUUUUCCGACGUCUGGGGUAUGCCCGAAGGCGAACAAGUGCCGGCCAUCAUCACGGAACAAAAGGCGGAGCUGGGAAGACUAUUGAAAAAGUAUGGCCAAGUGUGGGAGCCCUGGAAGAAAGAGUUGAGCAAGUUUGUGGAACAAGGCGAGGAUGUCAUGGACUGCGGCGGGCCGGGGUCAUGA